AAGACUAGGCAGUAUGGUCGUAAGACUAUAGCCUGUCCUCUAAGAACGAAUAAAAAAAAAUCAACAAAUGUCAAAAUUCAAAUUCAAAACAAACGAACUAAAGUAAAGUGAACUUCAUAAUAUAGUAACUUUCAUAAAUUUUGUAAAUAAAACAAAGUAAUAACUAAUAAUACAAUUAGUACAGCAUGUCUACUACUGAUGAAGAGAUGAUUAUAACACCAUGGAUCGGACCUCUCAGUUGCAAAAAUACUUUAACAGUUAUUGUUUUGUCUUUAAACGUAGAAAUCAUCGAAAGAAUAUCUGAAGCCCUCACUCAAGUGCACAAAAAGGGAAAUUAUGCAUGGAAACUUAUUGUUCUACGAUCACUUCAUCUAGAAGAUGUAGUUAUUCAGUCAGACGUAACUGGAAGAAUUGCCAUUGAUUUUGUUAUCUUGGCUAUGGACACAAGCAGACUUUUUUGUAUAGAGUGGGCGAUGAAACAGUUGAGUCGAGUACAUCCUGACUUGAGGCGUCGCCGUGUUGUUCUUGUUAAUGCUAGUAGCCUACCAGCACAUGCUAUGGCAGUAAGUGCUGAAGCAUUAAUCACAUUUCACACAGAAAAUAAUCUUGAUUUGUUAAAUUCAGAUGUGUUCAAAUCUGAAGAUGCUGGGUUUUUGGCGCGUAGGUUACUUAAAUACUUAGAAGUGUCAGUAGGUGUUAAGACAGGUAUUCCUAAUUUAAAUGUAUGAUAUAAGCAUAAUAUUAUUGUAAUUUAUGGACUUGGAUGAUAUUCUUGUUUUUUUUUUUUUUAAUAAAAAUCAUACAAAUUUCUAAGUUUUAUCAUGCAUUACACAUUAAUAGUUUUGAUUGACACAAAACACAUUGAAUAUUAUAGUAUAGGGCAUUUCAGAUAAUAUCUGGUGCUUACUAAUUUUAUAGUUAUAAGAUUUGUUUACAAUAAGUGAGUUACACAUUGAUAAGAUAUUAAAUUAAUUAUUGAAAAAAAAUGUCUCAGAAAAUAAAUAGUAAUACCACUGAACUCUCAUAUUUCAAGACCAUAACAUUGUUUUUUAAAUGCAUUACUUCCAAUAAAGUAGAAUUGCUAUGUUAAUGUAAAGUUAUUAAUUUACAUAAAUAUUAUUUAUGUACAGCAUAAUAAAAAACUAUACCAGCCCUGUAUUAUAUACUAUCCCACUGCUGUACGGGCCUUAACUGUUGAGAGGGAUUAGCCUAUAGUCCACCACGCUGGCCUAGUGAGUAAUGGUAGACUUAACUCACCCUCAAUAUUCCUAUAGAGAACUUUUCAGGUAUGCAAAAAAUACACACAUUUGUUUGAUAAGUCAGAGAUGUGUGCCUUUGAGAUUUGAACCUAUGGACAUUUUUAUUGGGAAUCUGAUCCACACCCAACUAGGCAAUUACUGUUUACUGUACAGCAUGUUCUGUAAGAAUCAAUAGCUCAUGCUAAUAGUGUUAUAAAUUUACUUCUAAAAUGUACACAGGACUAUAAAUUACAUUAUAAACCGGUUAUGACACAUUAUUAUAAGAUGAAAUGUCAAGGUUGUGGCAAAUGUAUAAGAAAAGUAACAUUUAUAAUGACUAUCUGUUAUAGUGAACAAAUUAGGUGGUCCACAUAUUAACAAGACAAACUAUACUCAAACUGCAGCUUACUGAGCAUAUGCAAGUGGUCAAUGACUUCAAAAUUUUUACUAAAACCAAAGAGAUUUUUCCCAACAUGAGCUGUAUGUUAACCCUAUAAGAAUUAAAAUCAUUCAAUGAUUUUGCAUAUUUUAUAUUAAAAUAACUCUUUGUAAGUUAAUGAAUUAUUGUGUAGCCUAUGAGCCCAAGACGCCGUAACAGACGUCUUUGUGGCUUGUAUGAGCAAAAGGUAAUGUAAUGAUAAACUAAACCUUAUAGGUUUUUUUUAUGUGUAAAUGUUCUAAAAUACUUGCAAUUGGGUACUUCUUUAUUUCUAUUAUUCCAUGUCACUUUACAUUUUAUGUUUUAACUUCAAUUUGGCUUUUUUUGUUACUUACAGGGUAUUUACUAGUUCUAGUUAUGCUGUAUUGCAGUAUCCCUGAUGAUUGAAAGUGAAAUGCUGUUUGAAAACUAAUUAUCUGAUGUCAAUUAUUUUGAGUAAAAAUAAUAUAUAAUCAGCCCCAAAAGUAUGUAUGUGCUGACAGGCAAACAUUCACAUUUAUAAUAUGAUCUUUCUCUGCAUAUACAUUUCAUUAAGACAAACUGUCCAAAGUUUUUAAUGAAAUACAGUAUUUAAUAUUAUGUUGAACCUAAGUGAAUGAAGGUCUGCUCGUGUGUUUUAAUUUUUAUCAUUAUGUUCUUUCUAUACAAUGAAUAUUGUAAUACUUUUAAGAUAACUAAUCCUUGUAUACAAUACUUAUUGUGUAAUAAAAACGAACAAACACA